UAAUAUACAAAGAUGGUUGGAUGAUAUGUCACGAUGAAUCACUUUUUUUUCCUCCACUCAAUCUUAUUUGUCGUCACAUUGUGCAAUGCUGACAGAAUAUCAAUAUGUCCUGCUGCUCAGACAAAGAUACUUCCCAUCAAAGUCAGCAACAUUAUACUUCCGUCUAUUAAACUGCGCAAAGGAUAUCAGCUUCCAGUUAAAUUUGAUUUAAAAGUAAACACUCUCCUACCAGAAAAGGUACGGGUUGAUGUGUAUAUACGGAGAAAGAUGUUCUGGUGGAUACCUAUACCGUGUAUAUCAACAUAUGGGUCAUGCUCAUACAAAGUUGACAACAAAAAUUGCGCCGCGUUCAAGAUUUAUCAAAUCGAUUGCAAGAAACCACAAGCAUAUAAAUUUGAUCAUGUGAUCACCGUUCCAAACAUCAACUUACCUUCUGUCAUUGUUAGCGGGCUGUAUAGAGUUAAUGCAAGAAUAUAUGAUGACGUCAAAAACCAGGAAUUGCUAUGUAUUAAUGCUGAAGUAAAUGUUAUCACGUGAUGAUAAAAAACAA